AUGGCGCACGGGUGGUGGGGGGUACCCCGCUCGGCCCCCGAGCAGAUGUGUGUCGCCUCCGUGCGUGUCGUGGCGUACUUGGCCGCGAGCAGCGCAGGGGUGAACUGCACCGGGGCGUUCUUACCCGAUGAGAGACUGAACACCGCCGCUCCCAGUGCCACGUUCGCUGGCUGCGGUGCCGACAUCCAUCCGCACUGCGGGCAUCCCACGGCCGUGACCGCCUGGGAGGCAAAGGCUUCUCUCAGGUGGCCGUCCUUGGAGCAGAGUUGCUCUAGCGCCGUGGUGGGGGCCAUGGGAAGUUCCACGUCCAUGGCUUGUACGAGCUGCAUCGUCUUGGCGCGCGAUGGCGCCACGUACGUGUCCCGGAUGGCCGGUUCCAUAAGCGCCUCCGUCGGGAGGUGCGACAGCACCGCCACCACUGCAUUCACCGAGCAAGAAAACUCCACUAGAGUGGUGCCCUUGCUCGGGCGGUGCGUGCUGUACGGGUAG